AACACUGCGAUGAUUUUCACUUUGUGAACAGUCGACGACAAUUUUGAGCGACCUGACUGUUGUCUCUGAAGCAUCAGUUUUUCUAGCAUAUCGUCAUGGCGUCUACAAAAGUGGUAAAUAUUCCAAAGGGAGGAUUUUCUUUUGAAAAUUGUCAAAGGAACAAUUUCAUGGCCAACCAAGGUUUUCCGGCUCCCAAAGCUGUCAAAACGGGAACAACCAUUGCUGGUUUCAUUUUUAAGGAUGGUGUGAUUCUCGGGGCCGAUACACGAGCAACAGAGGGAAAUAUCGUCGCCGAUAAAAACUGCUUUAAGCUUCACUACAUGGCACCUAACAUUUACUGUGCUGGUGCAGGCACUGCUGCUGAUCUGGAAAUGACAACAUUGCAAAUGUCAUCUCAGUUGGAACUUCACAGGCUGAAUACUGGACGUCAGAUUAAGGUGGCAACAGCCAAUCGCCUGCUCAAGCAAAUGCUGUUUCGUUACCAGGGUCAUAUAGGUGCUGCCUUGGUUCUUGGUGGCAUUGACAGCUCUGGGCCCCAUGUCUGUUGCAUUUACCCGCACGGCUCGACCGAUUCCUUGCCUUUCGUAGCCAUGGGUUCUGGUUCGUUGGCCGCCAUGGCUUUCUUGGAAUCAGGUUGGAAGCCUGAUAUGGAAUUGGCUGAAGCCAAAGUGCUUAUGAGAAACGCCAUUUGCGGUGGUAUCUUCAACGAUUUAAUGUCUGGCAGUCACGUUGAUUUGUGCAUCAUCACCCGCGAGAAGGCUGAAAUGAUCCGACCUUUCGAGGUAGCUAACGUCAAAGGUGAACGACAAGGCUCUUAUCGCUAUCCCCAUGGCUGCACAGCCACCCUCUCAACUCGAGUAAUCCCCAUCGAGAUCGAAUCGACGGUCGUGCGUCCAGUUGCAGAAGAGAGCAUGGAUACGGCUUGAAUAUCAUCCAUUGCUUAAUCUUUUUUCAUUUGGAACAAAAAGAAAUAAAAAGACCCCGACAUCCCA